AUGAAAAUCGACGCUCUACUGAAUCCAGGCGACGGAGAUUCCUGCACUGACUCUCCACGCUCCCAACAUGCCUCAAUCCCAACCCGCCACAGCUACCACCAACCCUCACCCAGCUUCCCUCCAAGCCCAAACUAUUGGUAUGGCCGAAACUACCACGACACCAGCCCAGGCGCCCAAUCCAACAUCACAGCAACCACCCAGAGCAGCAUCAACAGCGCCACUAUCAACCACGCGCACCAGCAGCAAUCCCACCAACAAAUGUUCUUCACCUACAGACCCUCCAGCAACCGCGGCAGUACAAGCACCAAUCCCAGCCCGCUGUCCACGCCUUCCUCGCCAGACCCGUACCACUCCCGGGAGCGCUUCUCCAGCGUUUCCAGCAGCUCCUCGACGAACGGGGACCGUCGCCGGCCCCCGCGUCCGAAGUACGAGGAAGAGGAAAUGUACUUCAUCUGGUAUCACCGCGUCGAUCUCUGCCAGGAGUGGAAGGAGGUUCGCGAGGCCUUCAAUCGCCAGUUCCCGGACCGCCAGCGUCGGGGCUUCCAGGGCAUUCAGUGCAAGUUCUACCGCUUCAUUAAGGAGAAGAAGUGUCCUACGUUGCGGGAGCAGCGCCGCAUGCGUGAUGGCGAAUUCCUACGGGAGGGGGCUUCUGCUGCAUUGGCAGGCGAUCCCUCGGGGCCGAAGUUCGGGGUUAGGCAGUAUACCACCGUUUGGUAUCCUUGGAUGAGGAAGGAUGCAGAUGUGAAUGUACGGCGGAUGUGA